AUGACCCCUGCCCUGGCGGCCACGGGGGCGCGGACCCCGGGCAGCGGCGGCCUGGUCGGGGAGCCGCCCCCCGCUGCCCGCCUGUCCUCGGCGGGCGCCGCCUUCAUCCUGCUCAAGUCCGCGCUGGGCGCCGGCCUGCUGGCCUUCCCCUGGGCCUUCCAGAGGGCCGGCGGGCUGCUGCCCGCACUCCUGCUGGAGCUGGUGUCCCUGGUCUUCCUGGCCAGCGGGCUGCUCACCCUGGGCUACGCGGCGGCCGUCAGCGGCCAGACCACCUACCAGGGCGUGGUGGCCGCGCUGUGUGGCCGGGCCGCGGGCCGGCUGUGCGAGGGCUGCUUCACGGGCAACCUGCUCCUCAUCGCCGCCGCCCUCCUCAGGGUCGUGGGCGACCAGCUGGAGAAGCUGUACGGCGCCCUGCUGCCCGGCGCCCCGCGGCCCUGGUACCUGGACCAGCGCUUCUCCCUGGGCCUCGUGGCCCUGCUGCUCCUGCCACUGUCCGCCCCGCGCCACAUCCGGGGACACACGCUCAGCAGCCUCCUAGGCACCCUGGCCGCCUGCUACCUGGCGCUGCUCACCGUGGCCCAGUACUACCUGGGGCCCCCGCGGGCCCUCCCGCAGCCCCGCCCCCCGCCCAGCCCCGGCGUCUCGGCCCUCGCCGUCUUCCCCACCAUCUGUUUCGGCUUCCAGUGCCACGAGGCCGCCGUGUCCGUGUACAGCAGCAUGCGCCGCCGUGACCUGCGCCACUGGGCCCUGGUCUCGGGGCUGUCCCUGCUGGCUUGCUGCCUCAUCUACUCCCUGACAGGGGUGUUCGGCUUCCUGACGUUCGGGGCCGAGGCCUCGGCCGACAUCCUGCUGAGCUACCCGGCCAGUGACCCGGCCGUGCUCGCGGCCCGCGUCCUCUUUGCGGCCUCCGUGGUCACCGUGUACCCCAUCGUGCUCUUCCUGGGGAGGUCGGUGCUGCAGGACUUGUGGGGGAGGAGCCGCUGCCGGGCCCUGGCUGACCCCCUGAGCACCGCCGGCCGGGUGCUCCUGACCGCCCUGUGGGUGGCCGUGACGCUGGCCGCGGCCCUGCUCCUGCCCGACCUCGGCGACAUCAUCGGCGUCAUCGGGGGCCUCAGUGCCUUCUUCAUUUUCAUCUUCCCAGGUCUGUGCCUCAUCUGUGCCGUGGGCCACGAGCCCAUUGGACCAGGAGCCCGGCGCGGCCUGGAGGCCUGGGGGGCCGUGUCGGUGCUGGCCGGGGCCUUCAUCUUCGGGCAGAGCACGGCCGCGGCGGUGCUGGAGCUCGUCUGAGGGGGACGGACGCCCCAGCCACGGGGGACAGCAGACCCUCCCUGGGACCCCCCCGCGCCCAAGACCCUCCCGGGAGCCUGAGCACAUGCCAGCAGGCAAGGAGGCAGGAAGGCGGCAGGACCCGCGUCGGGGCCCGUGCCCAGCAGUGGCCAGGGCAGCGCGAGGACGCAGGGAAUUGGCCAGGGCUGGGAGCACCCACACUGUCAGGCCGCUGCCCGCCGGGCCCCACAGCAGGGGUGCCUGAGCUGACCGCCCUCGGCUCCCUCUCCCGUCCCGGGCCGGGCCGUGCCCGUGUGCCCCGACACAGCUGCUUUCACCCGCUCCUGGAACCCCCGCCCCGCUGAGCUGGCAGGUGCGGGCGUGGCGGACAGCUCAGGCUGGGCACCAGGCCGGCCCCGAGGGCCUCCCUGCUCACCCGAGGCCUUGCUGCUGUCCUUCCCCCCAGCAAGGGGCACUGGGGGCGCCCAACGGGGUGGCCCCGAGUCUUCACAUCACUGGGGGUGGCACUGGGUCCCCUGCACCCUCUCCGGGCUCUGGGUUCAGGAGGCGGCAGGGAUGCCCGCUUGCUGUGUGACCUCUGGCACCUUGCUGCCCUCUCUGUGCCUGCUCUGGACCGGAGGGAGCAGACCUGGGGGCGCCGCCCGCUGUUGGGGUCAGGAGGGUUCCUGGCGUCACUGCCUCGGCCCUCCGGGCAGCUCCUCCUACUGCCACCAGGGGGCGCUCGGCCUCCAGAGAGGAGCUUAUCCACCUCCCAGAAGGGAAACUGAGGCCGGGGGCACAAGGGCACACCUGGCAGGAGUCACAGGAGUCGGCCCACUGCUCACCCGACGCCUUCACCGGGGUCCCAGCCACCUGCUCCAGCCUGACCGCCCACAGCCAAGCCCCCGGACACCAGCUGCU